AUGAGCUUGAGACCACUUCUUCGCUCCACUCUGAGGAGCUCAUUGCCUCGCUCUAGCUUGCGAUGCGCUCGCUUUAGCAUCAAGGCAGAGGCUGCCUCUACCGCAAAGCCCUUGGGUCUUGAUCCUUCGCGACUCUCCGUCACCAAGACCUCCCACCCCAAGAGUCUGAGCAAGCCUGAGACUCUUGUCUUUGGCCGGGAGUUUACUGACCACAUGCUCGCGAUCGAAUGGACUCAAGAAGAUGGAUGGUUGGACCCCAAAAUCACUCCCUACCAGAACCUCUCCCUCGACCCUGCGACUUGCGUCUUCCACUAUGCCUUUGAAUGCUUCGAGGGCAUGAAGGCCUACAAGGACAAGAAUGGCAAGGUCCGAUUGUUCCGACCCGACAAGAACAUGGCCCGAUUGAACAAGUCGGCCGCUCGUAUUGCGCUCCCCACCUUUGAGCCCAAGAGCUUCAUUGAGCUCAUCUCGAAGUUUGCUCAGCUCGACUCUCGCUUCAUUCCUGAUAAGCGAGGUUACUCUCUCUACCUCCGACCUACAAUGAUUGGAACCCAAAAAACACUUGGAGUCGGUGCCCCUGGCUCCGCUCUUCUGUAUGUGAUUGCAUCGCCUGUUGGCCCUUACUAUCCUACUGGCUUCAAGGCUGUGUCACUAGAGGCCACCGACUACGCUGUUCGAGCUUGGCCCGGUGGUGUCGGUGACAAGAAGCUUGGUGCCAACUAUGCGCCAUGCAUUCUGCCCCAGCUUCAAGCUGCUAGCCGUGGUUUCCAGCAAAAUCUUUGGCUCUUUGGCGAAGAGGAAUACGUCACCGAGGUCGGCACCAUGAACAUGUUUGUCGCUCUUAAGAACAAGGAGACUGGUCAAAAGGAGCUUGUGACAGCUCCCCUCGACGGUACCAUCCUUGAGGGUGUCACUCGAGACUCUGUGCUCGCGCUUGCGCGUGAACGUCUGGUUCCUGAGGGCUGGAAGGUUAGCGAGCGCAAGUACACAAUGAAGGAGCUCGCCGAGGCUUCCAAGGAGGGCCGAUUGCUCGAGGCGUUUGGCGCUGGCACUGCUGCCAUUGUCAGCCCCGUGCGAUCCAUCUCCUGGAAGGGCGAGCUGGUCAACUGCGGACUUUCCGAGACUGAGGAAUCUGGUGAGAUUGCCCUCAAGAUGAAGGAGUGGAUUGAGGGAAUUCAGUACGGUGACGAGGAGCACGAAUGGAGCUAUGUUGUAGCGUAG